AUGCCAGAGACGCUCCUUGGAAUUCGCAGCGAUGACCAGGGCCGCACCGAAACCAUAGCUCCCGGUCAGGAGGAUCACCUACCCGCCCUCUGCGCAAAGGUCCACGCCCGAGUCACGGCAUUCCUGGAUGCACAAGCAUCUACCGACCGCCUGCGAGGCGUACAAGAGCAGACUCGCCUGAGUCUCAAAGUUCUCGAAGAGUCACUUGAGCGAUACAGGUUAGUUGCUCACGUUGAGCUGUUGCCUCGGACCCGGCUGAUAAGCAUUCANAGUCUCGCUGAACUGUCCCUCUCGUACAAUGGCGGCAAAGACUGCCUGGUCCUCCUCAUUCUCUAUCUCGCCGCUCUACAUGCACACUCAAUCAAGACAUCAACGCCGCUGCCGGACAGAUUGGAUUCCGUCUACAUUGUGUCACCCCAUCCCUUCCCCGAGGUCGAGGACUUUGUACAAUUAUCAAUCGACACCUAUCACCUGAACUUGGCACGUUAUGCCAAAUCUAUGCGACAGGCCUUCGAGGACUAUCUCCACGACAACAGCCACGUCAAAGCCAUAUUUGUAGGCACGCGGCGAACGGAUCCCCAUGGAGCCACUUUGAAGUAUUUUGAUCCCACAGAUCGAGGGUGGCCAGCCUUCAUGAGAAUACAUCCGGUGAUUGACUGGCAUUAUGCUGAAGUGUGGACUAGCAAUUCAUACAGACCUGCUUAUGAGCUGGUGCAAGACGAGGAGGAGAGAUUAGGCAGAGACCGAUGA